UCGAGGAGUCAAACGGAAUUCAUUAUGAAAGGGGGGAUCAGAAGAUAAUUCUUGUUUCCCGUGGGAUGGAUGUGGCUGAAUUAAUGAAUAAAAUUUAUAUCGCCACAUCCAUCAAUCGUAUGAACAAGUUGGAUUUGAAGGUUAAAUAUCCCAUUCAUGGUGGAUCGUACUUAUUGAUACCUCUUGCUGACGACGAAGCCGUUACGGGAAUGUGGACUUUAAUUGAGAAUAUUAGUAUGCAUACCAUGGAGAUAUAUGUUGAAGAAGCAACUGUGUUGCCCAUACAACCUCACAACCUGGCAUUAUCUUGCCCAUCCACAAGUGUUCCAGUUGUGAUGAAUAUGGUUACACAGGAGAAUGGGAGAUACGUGAACAGUGAUGCAACGUUUCUGGAUUCACAGUGCACUGGCGACGAUGCAGAUGAAAAUGCGAACCAUGACACACUAACAGAUUCAGAUGAAGAUGGUGGUGAUCUCGUAAGUGGCAAUGCUCCAUCCAGCCACUACACUAAAGUUUAUGAGCUCCCUGCGGGAUUUGAUGAAUCAUGGAAGGGUUCUACAACUUCUAGUCGCUUUUCUGUAGAUGGUGAGUUUGAGGUUGGGCAAGAGUUUGAUGAUAAGAAACAACUUAUCAACAUGGUUAGAGCAUACUCUGUAAAGAGGAGCCAAUUUUUCACAGUUGUAGAGUCUGACAAACACAAAUGGGUGGCAGAGUGUAAGAGGAGAAAAGAUUGUGGCUGCACUUGGCGGAUCCGGGCUACUAAGAAACAUGAGAAGCUAGAUAUGUUCAAAGUUGUUCGUUAUGAAGGUCCUCAUAUACCUACUUGUGUAGGUAACGUCGAUAACAAUGACCAUGCUGGUAUCACAGCUCAGUUCAUAGCCCAUGAAAUUAUUGAUCUUCUUCGUAUCGAUCCAUCACUAAAAGUCCGCACUACUAGUCAGCUUAUGAAGGAAAGGUACGGCUAUAUACCUUCGUACAAGCGAAGUUGGUUGGCUAAACAAAAAGCUAUCGGUGAAAUAUUUGGAGAUUGGAAGGCGUUGUAUUCUGAAUGGCCUCAUUUCAUGUUGGCAUUACAACAUUCCAAUCCAGGGACAAUCGUGCAUUGGUACCACUGAUGUUCAGCAGUUUCAAAGAGUUUUUUGGGCAUUUAAGCCAUCCAUUAAGGGCUUUAAACAUUGUCGUCCCUUACUAACCAUCGAUGGAACACACUUAUAUGGGAAGUAUAAAGGUUCAUUGUUGGUGGCAAUGGGUAGUGAUGCUAAUAAUCAACUGUUCCCUUUGGCGUUUGCUAUCUGUGAAUCGGAGAAUGGAGAGAGUUGGCCGUGGUUUAUGGCGUGCAUACGUCAUUUUAUCACACGCAGAGAAGUGUGUUAUGUCAGAUCGACAUGCUGGAAUUAUGAUGGCAUUUAAUGAGGUAGGUGGUGGAUGGGAGGAGCCAGAUGCAAGACAUAGGCUUUGCAUACGGCAUGUCGCUUCUAAUCUGCACACUCCAUUUAAAGACAUUCACUUGAAGAAUCUGUUCAUUUGGACAGCAAGUCAACGUCAAAAGAAGAAAUUUGAUGGUGGAUUUAACAAGAUAUGCGAAAUGCAGGCACAAGCACGAGAAUAUCUAGCGAACAUUGGUCUGGAGAAGUGGUCUUUACACCACGACGGGGGGUACAGGUAUGGCACCACAACAACGAACAUGGCUGAAGUUUUCAAUAGUGUCAUGAAGAGUGCACGAUACUUGCCUGUAACCGCCUUAGUUGAGUUAUCAUUUUAUCGUCUGAAUGUCUAUUUUGUGGAAAGAAGAGAAACUAGUAAGAGAAGAUUAGCAGAAGGGCAUCGCUACUGCCAGCAAGUGACCGAACUGAUAGAGAAAAAUACGGAAAAGGCAAAGCAUCACAAGGUCACAAUAUUUGACAUAGGCCAUGGUUUAUACCAAGUGGAGACGGAUCGUGGUGGUCGAACCGUGGGGAAGGGUGGCAGAAAACAAACGGUGAAUUUGCACCGUCGCCAUUGCACAUGUUAGAAGCUGAAUAUUUAUAAGAUUCCUUGCUCACAUAUAUUAGCGGUAUGCAGACACCGUAGUUUGUCCUAUGAUGCUUUUGUUGAUAAAUUUUUUUUCUUCAUCGGAGUAUGCGGCUUCCUAUAAAAGAGUAUUUAAGCCCAUACCAGAUAUAGCAUAUCGACCUACUUACACUGGACCACGAGUUGUGCAUGACCCGUCGAUGAUUCGCGCUAAAGGUCGUCCGAAGGCUAAACGAUUGAGAAAUGAAAUGGAUGAAGGUCCUAAAGGUACUGUGAGAUGCGGUAAAUGCAAGCAAACAGGGCAUAACAGGACGACAUGUGCUAGAAGAUCGGAGGGCACGUAGGGAGUUCCACUGGCGUCGAUGCAGGUGUCAGUGGAUCCCGGACCGAUUGAUCAUUCAGUCCUGACAUUGCAGGCCACACAUCGGAGCGAGGAUGUGUGGCGUGGCCUGUAUGUUCAGGUAGAUAGGUGUCGUGAGCACCUACGUAGUAUAUUCCACACGGGGGUGGACGAUAGGAUUCUACAUUACGUUCGAUUAGCUGGGUUUUAUGGUGUUCACAGAUUAGUUUCGACUCUGCAGAUAGAUAGAGCAUUACUUACCGCUCUACUUGAGCGUUGGAGGCAGGAGACUCACACGUUCCAUUUACCGGUGAGUAAGGUCACGAUCACAUUAGGAGAUGUGGCUGUAUUGGCGGGUCUACCGAUCGAGGGUCGGGCAGUUACUGGGACUGCAUGUAGACUGUGGGUUGAUUUGGUACACAGAUUGUUGGGAGUACGGCCACACCCUGUCCCAGAUAUUCGGGGGUCCGCCUUGAGGAUGGCUUGGUUGAGAGAGCAUUUUAUUGGUUUACUUGCUGAUGCUGAUGACGAUGUUGUGCAGCAGUACGCGAGAGCCUACAUUCUGAUGCUUAUGGGAGCUUCCACGUUUGCGGACAAGAGCGAGAAUGAGGUGCAGAUCCUGUAUUUACCCAUUCUGGAGUCUUUUGAUGUAGUUGCAGUUUAUAGCUGGGGUAGUGCGACUUUAGCAUACCUAUAUCGGCAGUUAUGUCAAGGUUGCCAUCGUGACGGUGGAGAGAUGGGUGGGUUUUUAUUGCUCAUACAGCUAUGGUCAUGGGAGCACAUUCGUAUCGGCAGACCUGUCAUACUGCGAUAUCAUGGGGUAGAUGGUGGUCCUUUUGAUGAUGAUAUGGAUCAGCACGCUGUACUUGGCCCACAUCAUGUUCGUGGCGAGGAUCCUUUGCGUCGUAGAUGGCUAUUUGCUCAUGUCACGCGCACGUCAUCUGCUGCUGGAUUAGGAUAUUACCGAGAUGCUUUAGAUCGCUUGUGUGAUGAUCAGAUGACGUGGAUGCCGUACACUGAUGAGAUUCUAGGGCUGUUGCCUCCUGUUGCACGAGAGCACACUGAGAUAUGGCGAGCAAGUGUGCCCUUGAUAUGUUUUGAUGUAGUGGAGCAUCACUUUCCUGAUCGCGUACUACGCCAAUUCGGGUUGGAGCAGGUUACUCCCGGACCUUGUGAUACAUCUGUGGAUUUGCACAAGAUUGAUAGACGGGGGAAGCACACUGAAGAUUGGGGGAUGCGCCAUAUUCAAUAUAUCACUAUAUGGGAUGAGAGAGCGGCGUAUAUAGUGGACGGGAUCCCAUCAUUAAUCCCCACAGCUUCUGUAGACUACAUGAGAUGGUAUUACACCAUCACACGGGUGUUUAUCUCUCCCAGUUUUCGUUUACCCACUGAUCAUUACCAGCCUAGCUUAGUCGCUCUUCAUAUGACGACACGGGCUUUGCGUAGCAUCCAUGAUAGAGCGAUUGCUAUACUUGAUGAGGCGGUAGAUGUACAGGGAUACCAUGACGCUUGUUCAGGCAUUGUUUCACUGUGCGCUGAUGUAUUGGGUCGAGUGGAUUAUGGAUAUAUGGCCACCUCUCAGCAUUCCACCGCAUCUACAUCCGCAGCAGGGUCUUCUCAGGCAGUCCGACGUGAUAGAGUUGUUCUUCAGCCUCGUAACCAGCGCAGGCGUCCCCGAGCACAGCCACAUGAACUUCAUGAUGAUGAUGAUCACGUUGACUUAUGAUCUUUGUAUUUAAAUUAUUGUGUGAAAGUUGUAGCAUACACUGGCAGAUCGAAUUAUUUUGUGAAACACCAGAUUUAUUAUAACUUUUAUGGUUUAUACUCAAUUUUGUGGUACAUUGAUUCGGUUUGUGAAAGUUUCAU